CUGCCUAUUGACGCAGUCGCAGUCAUCUUCUCUGCAAAACUGUUUACAGUGUUUGAUUCAAAUUGUUAAAAAUGGGAGUCAAAGAUCUGUGGAAUAUUUUGUCACCUUUGUGCGAGAGGAAACCAAUGUUUGAGCUUCAAGGGAAAACAGUAGCAAUCGACAUAAGUGGUUGGGUCGUAGACAGUCAAACGGUGACUGAUAAUCAUGCUCAGCCAAAGAUGUACCUCAGGAACUUGUACUUUCGUACAGCAUUUCUCCUUAUGCACGAGAUACAACCAGUAUUUGUGUUAGAAGGGAAAGCACCGGAUUUGAAACAUAAUGCUAUCGCGAAAAGGAAUAAUAUUCGUAAUGGAUUUCGAGAAAGGAAAACUGCUGGUAAAGGAAGAAGACCGCAGCUUAAUAGAAUUCUUAAAGAAUGCAAAGAACUACUUGGCUAUAUGGGUUUAGCAUGUAUACAGGGUCAAGGUGAAGCGGAAGCAAUGUGUGCUCAUUUAAAUGAAGAUGGGCUUGUCCAUGGAUGUAUUAGUCAAGAUAGCGAUUGUUUCCUUUAUGGAGCAAAAGUAGUUUACAGAAAUUUUUGUACAAGUGCUCAGGGAAAUCGUGGAGGUACAGGUGGUGCUGUGGAUGAGUACAGCAUAGAGAAAAUAGAAAAGGCACUAGACUUAGGAAGGAAUAAAAUGAUAGCUUUAGCUUUAUUAUGUGGGUGUGACUAUGAUGAGGGAUUAAACGGAGUUGGCAAAGAGGCUGCUAUGAAACUUUUUAAAAUUGUGAAAGAUGAAGAUAUUAUUGAACGCCUAAAAAGUUGGAGAACAGAUGACACUUUAGAUCAUAAAGAAUCACAGUUAUUGUCUUCAAAUGUUUGUUCAUCUUGCGGCCAUAGCGGUAAAGUGCAAAAGCAUACAAAAUCAGGUUGUAUAGACUGUGGUACUGUGGUGAAGUGCAAUAAUUCAUACAAGGAAGAAAGGGCAUUAAUACUGAAUGAAAUUUCAUUACGAAAAAAAGCACUACUUGUUCCAGACUUUCCUAAACAAGAAUUGAUAGACGAAUUUCUUAUUAGAAAAGAUUCAGUGCCUACAAAACUCGAUAUCCAAUGGAAGCAGCCACAAGUUGAUAAGUUCAUUGACUUUGUGGAACGACAUUUGUCUUGGGAACCGCAGUACGCGUUUGAAAAGAUAUUUCCCUUAGCGACACGUUGGCAACUUUUACAUCUUCCAAAUAUUUCUAUCGAAAGUCGGUUUAUACCUGAUUUAUUUAUACCUGAACAAAUAAAAAAGAUUCGAAAUAUUAGGUCAGUAGCAUGUUAUGAAAUAAUAUGGAAAACUGAUCACGAUGUGAUAAGCAGAUUAAAAGAAUACAUAGCAAUGAGUAAAGAAAACGAUGAAGAAAAUAGUGAAGAAAUUCUGUCCGAAUUAACAAGCAUUGAACCGCAAAACGCUGUGAAAGAAUGUUAUUCAGACUUAGUCGAAGUAUUUGAAAACGCAAGAAAUGCAAAAAAGAAGAAACGAACAGUUAAGAGUAAAGUACAAAAUGAUGCCGAUCCUGAAGGAGUUAAAAGUAAACCAGUAAAAAGACGCCAGAAGAAAGCUGGAAAAGUACCUGUAGCUGUAGAAGGCAAUAGAAAGAUCGACGAAUUCAUAAGUAAAGAUCGCUGUUUAUCAUUGGAAGAAUCAUUCGACAGAUUAAGUAUUACACCCAAAAGAUCUAAGCCUUUAGUCGAACAACAAGAAAAUAGAGGAGAAAAUAUUAAACUAAGACGAGGUCCUCAAUUCGAUAAAGUAUUGCAGUUAGAGAAAGUAAAUUCCAAAUUAAAUAAUACAUUAGACAGAAUGUUCAACGAACUCUCGCCUGAUGACUUUGUUAGCGAUAAUGAAGAUUUUGAUUUAGACAUGUCAGAAAUAAUAGACAAUAUAUGCAAAGAAAGAGCUUUCCAAUUUGAUGUAGAUGUACAGAUAAGUAAAGAUGAAAGUAAUUUGAGUAAAAAAUCUCUAAAUUUUGGUACAAGUAGUAUAAGAGAUUUUGAAAUAAAGCCUGGUGAAUGUAGUACAGUUGCUGAUGAAUCUAUUAACGAAUUUGCUGACAUAGAUCAAUCUUAUAUUCCGCUUCAUCAAAGAAUAGGAGCUUUUAGCGGAAAUAUUGGACUUCGAAGUAUUACUACAAAAAAGAAUGAUAGGUUCACUCUAGGAAUUGAUGAUCUUUUAAACGAUACCGAUGAACCUGUUACUUAGUAUUUAGGUUUUCGGUAGUAUACGACUUUUGAGUGACCUCUCCAAAAUAUGAGGUUGGUAGUAUACUUAACCUAGAAGAUACCGAAUUGGUUCAUCUUCUUUCAAAUAACGUUUUUAGUGCGAAGUGUCUUGCAGUUUUUGGAAUACAGACAAAUGAACUUGUAUUUAUAUUGAAUUAGAAAUUCUGUUAAUAUUUGUGAAGUAUUUUCGCAAUCAUCGAAUUUAAGUUGGGUUAAGUAUACUACCACCCUUAUAAUCCAAAAAACCACAAAAAUUCUGUUCGGCGCAAUUUUUCUCUAAAAUUAUGAAGAGGAAGCUAAUAGACUAUUUACAAUAAAAGCAAUAGAUCUCAA